AUGGCUGAUUUUGAUUCCGGAGCUGCGAAGCCCAAAACUAGGGAACGCGAUCAUACCUCAGCUCGUUCUGAAGCUGCACAAUUCUUAACAGAUCUGAGCAAACCAUCUGAAAGAGAGAGAACAGCUAAUGAGCUUUACAGAUAUGUUACGGUUUCUCUGCGAAAUGAAGAACCGCAGUUUGUAGAAGAGUUUAUAGCAUUCCUUGAUAAUAAAAAUGACCAUGCUCAAAGUGUUAUUCACGAAAGUAUUUAUUCAGAUGAUUUAGAUAGAAGAAAAGUUGGCAUCUAUCUUAUUGUUUGCCUGGCAGAGAUCAAUGUACGAAGUCAGCGUAUUGUUUGGUAUUCCAACUUCUUACUUAGAGCGAUUACUUUUCCAAAAAAUGACGAAGCCACUAUGGAUUUGGCUGCGAGAGCCUUAGUUUUUCUGAUUCAGACUUCUAAAGCUCAUUCUGCUGAUUUGGUCGAGAAGUGUCUAGAUCAAUGUCUAGAAUGGCUUCAGGAACCUAUUGUCAAUUCCAUAAGAAGGUUAGCUGCCGUUUUAUUAGCUCGAGAAUUGGCUAUGUUCACUUCAACUUCUUUCUUUUCACGGGCAAACGUUUUCUUCCGUAAUAUAUUCGCUGUUAUACGAGAUCCGAAGCAUAACAUUAGGUUACAAGCAACUGAGGCUUUACAUGCAGCACUCACAAUCACCUCGCAGAGAGAAGCUAAACAAAAAACAGAAUGGUAUCAGAUGUGCAUUAAAGAAGCUUUUCCGGAUAGUAAUGAUAGUCAUUCCACAUCGUACGAUGAUAGAUCACAUUCCAUGCUUUUGGUAUUAAACGAGUUGCUCCGAAUCGCCGAUGCUAAUUUCGAGAAAGUACAUCUUGAAGCUAAAGGAACAAAACGUAAAGCUGCUUCAAUUGAUGAUCCAAUAGAAUGGAUGACUGAAGCAAGGUUUUCUGUCACAGUUGAAAGCACGACGGCAAGAGGCUUAGUACGGGACAACUUCGAUAAGAUUGUCAGAUCCAUCCUUGGAAUAGAGAAAUCCAAUAAUCUGCAUGUUCAAUCUGUGUUACUGGAACUGCUACCCAGACUUUCAGCAUUAGACGGUUGUUGUACAGUUGAACAACGUAUAACGUUCUUCAAUCAAAUGCAAACUAUGUGGGAGAGGAAUCAUCUAUCUAAGGCUUUGAUGUCUAUGGGUCUCAUAAUUCUUCAACAGCCUGAUAAAUUUGCUACAAAAGCCAAGAAAAUUACUACAAAAUGCCAUGAAAUGAUUUAUAGCGGAUCCCAAAAGAAAUUUGUUGAUGCUCAAGUAUUUACUUACCUCAAAUUGUAUGUUCGUGCUUAUAAGACGGCAGUGUUUAGUGAAAUCAAGAACAUACUUGACGAUUUACUGAAGCUUCCUCUUUCUGAAGGAUUGACUGGGCUCCUUCAUGAAAUUACUAGUAAUAUACCCACAUUAGUUGUUGAUGUUCAGGAUGGGCUCAUGAAAGUUCUCUAUAAAACUCUUACAGGUCAAACUCUGCCAGCUAAAAUCGAUCCUCCUCGUAAACCUAUUCUACCUCAAAACGCCAUAACUGUUGAGCCUGGGAAAGAUGAAACCGAUAAAGUUUUGGCUCUUAAAACCCUGGGAAGCUUUGAGUUCCAAAGGCACUCAUUGCAAAUGUGCAUGCAAUAUAUAGCUGAGGGCUACUUGCUUGCUGAUUCUGUUCCUGUUCGCUUAGCAGCUGUUCGGUGCUGUACAAAUAUUUUAAGUCCUUUUAUAAAAGUAUUCACGGGCGUUCAUAGAGAACAUCGCCAAUGGGUUUUGGAAUUGAUUCACGGUGUCUUGAAAUGCUUGGUUAGUGUUGGUGUCAUGGAUCAGAAGCUUGUCGUGCGAUUGUGUGUUUUUAAAUGUUUCGUGGAAGCUGAUAAUCAAUUCCUAUCUCAUCUUGCUCAACCAAAGAUGUUGGAACUCCUUUUCAUGAGUUUGCAUGAUGAGAAGCUGGAAAUGCAGGAAGCGGCUGUGAGCUUGAUUGGAAGACUUUCUGAAAUAAAUCCGGCUCUUGUGUUACCUCGUCUGAGAAGAGUUUUGCUGGAGACGUUAGAUCAGCUUAGUAAUAGUGGACAGUCUCGUUUGGAGCAACACAGUGCCAGAUUGCUUGUACAGAUUGCUAGGCAGAACCCUAAGUUCAUGAGACCUUACUUGGGUGGAUUAUUCACAGCUUUGUUGCCGAAGCUCCGUUUGGACCCCAAACAUGUGGACGUUACUGUUCAAGUGUUAAAUGCUGUAUCUGAACUCUGCGUUGUUGGAGGAUCUGAAGUUGUAAAGUGUAUUGAGCCUUUGUUCAGCCAGCUCACUGUUCUUGUCUCUGAGUCUAGUAGUUUGCAGAGACGUGAGGCAACUCUACAAUGUAUUGGCCGAAUGAGUCGAGCGACUGCUUAUGUUGUAGACCCAUACAGAGAUUAUCCGAACUUAUUGGACGACAUUCUCCGUCUUCUGAAAACCGAAAUGUCUUCAAGCAUGCGUCGUCAAGCUAUUAAAGUUUUGGGCAUUUUAGGAGCUAUCGAUCCUUACACUCAUAAAGUGUUUACUGGUUCCGUUCAAUCUUCAACUCGUAUAAGUAUGGCUUUAUCGAAACCUAGCACAAAUCAUGAUUCUACCGACCCUAGACAAGAUAUCAUCCAAUGGUUCAACUAUGAAAAAUGUACCUUGGAAGAGUUCUACCCAGCUAUCACGAUCGCUAACUUAAUGGUUAUGGUCCAAGAUAAAGCUCUGAUACAACAUUAUCAGGAUAUUGCUCAAGCGUUGUUGACAAUAUUCAGAAGCUUAGGAGAUACUUAUCCUCAGUAUGUUCAGCAGGUUGUUCCUCGACUGAUAGAAGUAACAAGAAAUUGUAAAGAUAGGCCAUCCCAGCGAGAAUUUUUCUUGAGACAGUUGGCAAGUUUGGUUGGAAUCAUCAAAAGUCAUGCUAAACCGUAUAUUCCUGAUCUUUUCGGGUUAAUAGGGGAAGCUUGGUCGGAAACCAGUAGUAUCAAAAUCACAAUUGUGAGUGUUCUGGAACAGAUAGGAACAGCAUUGGAAUCCGAAUUCUCCCCUCACGUUGCUCAAUUGAUACCAUAUUUGCUUCAAGUUCUUCAAGCUGAUCGUGAUCCAGAAAGAAGAAUAACAUCACAAGUACUAGCCUGCAUAAAAUCGUUGUCCUACUGCCUAACACCACAUUUGCAACUGGUACUCCCUCCAGUUCUUUCGAUCAUUGAAGAGUCUGUUGUUCCUCUGGCCGUGAAGAAGUCCGCUCUAGAAACUGUAUUACAUCUCAUUGAAAAUGAUGAUGUUUCCGACUUCGCACCUCGUCUAAUGCAGACUUGGUUCAAGUGUUUCGAGUUGAAUCUCUUCAAAACUCCACAGCUGGAAGACCUUCUUUUAAAGUUGUUGAUUGCCGUCAUUGAUCAGAUGUGGAAAAACUUUGAAGUUUUCAAACGUUUUGUGGAUCAUAAACUUCGAAAGCAUAAUUUGAUUAAUACUCCUUUCCAUCACGCCUAUAUGGAACGAGUGCAAGCUGUUUUAUCGUCACCAGUAAACCAGCGACCUAAAAGAGGCUAUGGUACUAAAGCAAUAGCUGACCCUGAUCAUCCUCGAUUACGAAAAGGUCAUGGAAACGCAAGUAGCCAGUUAUAUAAUCAAACAUCUGGAAGACAGAGAGUCAACAUUGAUGUUGUUUCCGAAGCAUGGGCUGUUGGGCAUUUGAGUUCUAAAGAAGAUUGGACUCAAUGGCUGAUAAAGUUGCGACUCGCUUUCAUCAGAUCUGGUAGCUCCGCUGCUAUUAGGGCUGCUGCAUCCGUCAGUGAUCUUUAUCCGCAUUUGGCCAAAAAUAUUUUCAAUGCCGCAUUCAUGUCGGUAUGGACCGAACUCAAAGAGUCUGAACAGGAUUCUGUGACGCUUGCUUUGUCUUACGCUUUGCAACAUAGUGACCAUCCAGACGUCAUACAAACUAUUCUGAAUCUAGCUGAGUUCAUGGAUCAUUCUGAAAGAGGACCAUUACCCAUUGAUUAUCAAACUCUUAGAAGGAGUGCAGAAGAAACCAAGGCAUAUGCCAAAGGUUUACGCUAUACUGAAAAUGAAAUAUUGAAAAGCAGAAGAGAAAACAACCUGCAGCCAGACGAUUGUCAAUCACUCAUCACGUUCGCUAAUAAGCUUAAUGUACAUGAAGAAGCAGCUGGAGUUGUUCGAUAUGCGGAAACUAGACGUCUGGAAAUUCCUAUGCAAGGUAGAUGGUACGAGAAAUUGAACGAAUGGGAGAAAGCUUUGGACUCAUACGAUAAAGAUCGUACUUUGGGUUUGAAAGAAAAGCAGAGAAUUGAAAGCACUAAGGAGGCAGGCUACUUAACAAAGUUGCAGGAAAAUGAAAAGAAGCAUGAGGAAAUAAAAGCUCAUGAACUUCGUUGUUUGGAAGCUUUGGGAGAUUGGACUGAGUUGAACACAAGAGCUGCAGAAAUGGUAGGAAGAGAUCAGAAGGUUACUGUGAUUGCAUCAAGAGGAGCAUGGGCUGUUGGAAAUUGGAGUGAAAUGAGUAAAUAUGUUCAGCAAGUGAAUGAGAAUAGUCAAGACGGUGCACUUCUCAGGGCUGUCUUGGCUGUGCGUAAUGAGGAAUAUUCUUUAGCUACAAGCUAUAUUAAUAAAGUACGAGAUAUGUAUGACAGUGAGUUAACAGCAAUGGCAAGUGAAAGUUAUGAAAGGGCAUAUGGGGCUAUGAUUCAAGUUCAACAGUUGGCUGAGUUAGAAGAAGCAAUCGAGUACAAGUUGCGUCCUGAACGACGUCCACGAAUUGCUCUGUUGUGGAGUAGACGUCUGCAAGGCUGUAGUCAAAAUAUUGAGCAUUGGCAACGCCUAUUGAUGCUUCGAUCUCUGGUUCUUUCACCGCAGGAAAUGCAUCCCCUACGUGUUAAGUUUGCUUCGCUCUGUCGGCAGCAAGGAAAGCUUUCAAUGUGCCGUGCCGUUCUGCGAGAUCUUCUGAAUGUUUCGCCUGACACACCACUUGAUAAAGCUACAGCUCCAACGGAUAAACCCCAAUUGGUCUUGGCGUUCUGUAAGCAGCUGUGGAUUGACAACUCUAAGCAGAAUGCUGUUCAUACACUUGAUGGUUUGGUGAAACAUAUAGAGCGAUAUCCUCCAAACAACUAUACCUCCGAAAACUCCCGGCUAUGUGCCAAAGCUUACUUGAAGCUGGCACAGUGGACUGAGGUGCUCUCUAUUGAAGAUGAGAAAAAUAAGGGAUCUGGAGGCCAUGGUUCUGAAUUUAACAAAGUUUUGCACGGUUCUACUAAGGCUCUAGGAAAGAUGACUAUUGAAGACGCACCUUCGCUUAUGUCACCAUCGGAAAUGGAAGUCUCCAGGAAAGUUAUCUCUUGUUAUUCAAAGGCUACUGAAUACGAUCAAAAGUGGCACAAAGCAUGGCAUAAGCUAGCAUGUUCACAUCUUCACGCAAUGAAUAGAGAGAAAGAGCUUGCUCAAAAGUAUUCUACAAGUAUUACAAGACCUCAAGAUUCUUCACCAUCCGUUCUCAUACCUAAGCCGCUAUCAGCCGACAUUAACGACAUUCCAUCCGGAGUUCUUUUCGUGGAUCGUUCAUUAAGCCCUCUACAUGCUCCUGUCAUGCAACCCGCAGAAAUUCGCCCGUGUCUUUAUCAUGCUAAAAAUGCUGUCCGGUGUUUUGCUAAAGCUCUUAUGCUUGCACCUGGAUCUCGGCUAGAAGACACGCUGCGACUUCUACAGCUUUGGUUUGAUUACGGGGAAGAUGAUUCAGUUUAUAACCAAUUGCGAGAGAGCAUCAAAGGUUUACCUGUUGAAACUUGGCUUGAGGUUGUUCCUCAGUUGAUGGCUAGGCUAGACUCCAAUCAAAAAAUGGCUGUUCUCAUUAAACAAGUUAUACACGAAGUCUCUAAAACAAGACCUCAAGCUUUGGUAUACGCUCUGACAGUAGCUUCGAAGUCAACAAAUUUGAAUCGUGCUACCAAUGCCAAGGAAAUGCUUCAUAUGAUGGGAGAAAUUCACAGUCGUUUAGUUGAUGAAGCCAGACUGGUAUCAGAAGAAUUAGUUAGAUGCGCUAUACUUUGGCAUGAACAGUGGCAUGAUGCUCUGGAUGAUGCGAGUCGCUUAUACUUCCAAGAAAAAGAUUUCAAAUCCAUGAUGGAAAUUCUUCGCCCGAUGCACGAUAUGAUAGAUUUAGGUCCUACUACUCUGAAGGAACAAUCUUUUAAUCAAACUUAUUACGCUGAUCUCACUGAUGCUUUCAAGUUCUGCUUGGCUUACGAAAAGAACGAAAAUCAAAAAGAACUAUCGCAGGCGUGGGAAAUCUAUUGUCAAAUUUUCAAACGGAUUGCAGGACAGAUACGACAGCUAAGUUCUUUGGACUUGAACUAUGUCAGUCCACACCUCAUGAGAGCAAAAAAUCUUGAGUUAGCCGUGCCUGGAACUUACGAUCCUAAUACGCCUGUUAUUAAUAUAGCUUCUGUGGGUACUCAUCUCACUAUUAUAAGUAGUAAACAAAGACCUAGGAAGAUGACCAUGAGAGGAAGCAAUGGGUUAGAGUAUGCAUUCCUAUUAAAGGGUCGUGAGGAUCCUCGACAAGAUGAACGUGUAAUGCAACUUUUUGGAUUAGUUAAUACUUUACUUGUAAAUAAUGCUGAAACGUGUAGAAGAAACUUGACCAUUGAACGAUAUUCCAUUACUGCUCUCAGUCAGAACUCUGGCUUGAUUGGUUGGAUCCCUAACAGUGACACUCUCCACUGCAUGAUUAAAGACUAUAGAGAGAAGAAGAAGGAUUCCACGCUGUCUUUAGAACACAAACUGAUGCUAAUAUUCGCUCCUGAUACUGAUCAGUUGACCAUUAUGCAAAAGAUGCAAGUCUUUCAAUGUGCUUUAGAAUGUAGCGAAGGAGAUGAUCUUAGAAAAAUUUUGUGGUUGAAAAGUCCAAGCUCUGAAGUUUGGUUCGAUCGACGAACCAACUACACUCGAUCUGUAGCAUGCAUGUCUAUGGUCGGCUAUAUCCUUGGGCUUGGUGACAGACAUCCAUCCAAUCUCAUGCUGGAUCGCCUUACUGGAAAAAUAGUUCAUAUUGACUUUGGUGACUGUUUCGAUGUGGCCAUGACAAGAGAAAAAUUCCCCGAAAGAAUUCCGUUCCGUCUCACAAGGAUGCUAAUUAAUGCUAUGGAAGUGACUGGUAUCGAUGGUAUAUAUAGAUUCACUUGCCAACAAGUACUCACAUUGCUCCGAUCCAAUAAGGAAAGUUUGCUGGCAGUUCUAGAAGCCUUUGUAUAUGAUCCUGUGAUUAAUUGGCGUUUACUUGAUGGUACAAAGAAGGAUCCUGGCCAACAAAAGGAAUAUGGAAAGAAGGCCGCAAUCUCUCAAAGAGAAGCUCCAAGAAUGGUUUCCGAACAAGUAAUGGAGAAGAUAAAACACAAACUCUCUGCACGUCGUUACAUAACUGAUCCACUGGAAGUUUCUGUGGAGCAACAAAUCGACGAGUUGAUUGAACAAGCCACUCUAGCCGAAAACUUAUGCCAAGCUUACAUCGGAUGGUGUCCGUUUUGGUAA